AUGUAUAUACGUGCGUACAGGGCAGGAGGAGGAGUUGACCCCGCCGCCGACCGCCUUAGCGCGCUGCCCGACGCGCUCCUGCACCACGUGAUGUCUUUCAUGAAGGCAUGGGAGGUGGUGCGGACGUGUGUGCUCUCGCGGCGGUGGCGCGACCUCUGGGCCUCCGCGCCCUGCGUCGACAUCCGCGUCGGGCGGUACGGCGACGCCCCCGUGGACUUCGCCAAGUUCGUGUACCGCUUGCUGCUCGCCCGUGAGGUUCUUGCGCCGGUGGACACGCUCCGGCUGCGCUCGCCCGGUGAGGACGAUGAGGAUUUUGACGAUGACGAUGUUAAGAUGUGGAUCCGUAAUGCUAUCAAACGGAAGGCUCGGGCUAUUCAGCUCAACGGGCAUCUCAAUUUGUAUGCGGAGUUGGAUCACAUGGACUUCAUCUCUUGCCACCUCAGGAUCUUGAAACUGUCGUAUACUGAGCUGGAUGAUAAGGUCAUCAGGCAACUUUCUUCUCGGUGCAAAAGGCUAUAAGAUCAGCAGUUUGGAAACCAUGACGAUGGCCUCGAUUGCAGUAAGGGCAGUAAAUAUCAUGGUUGCAGUGCAAAGUAUGUGAUCAAUGAUUACAAGAAAUUAGGUGGCCAAAAUGUUCUUCACAGCCUUUUGAAUGCUCGAAAUCUGGAGCUAUUAGGUCAUUCAGGAGAGGUUGUUCUGAGGAGAGAAUCGAUGAGUUGUCCAACUUUUAGCAACUUGAAGACUUUGGCCCUUGGUGAGUGGUGUAUCAGUACGGGUGCUGAUUUUGACAUAUUAAUUCUCUUACUUCAGCAUUCACCUAAUUUGGAGAAGCUUUUUCUUCAACUUGAAAUGAGCUUUGACAUCCAGAAGGCAUUGGGAAGAAGUAUAAAAUCAAAGGGAGGAUCGUUUGCUUGCAAACACCUUAGUAUGGUGAAGAUCAGAUGCACCAAGGAUGAUCCAAGAGUCCAUAUGUUGGCGCAGUUAUUUAGGUCUAAUGGUGUACCGCUUGAGAAUAUUUAUGUCCCUCGGAGGGGGAGUUUUCACCUUUGUAACUUGAAGCUGGAGAGGGAGAUAACUAUCAGUGAACUGCGUGACAUUGGACCCUAUUAAAGAGAGAGACGGGGAAAUGCAAGGCAUCAGGCAGGCGAGAAAACGCCAUAUUUUGCAUGCAAAGCUUUCGUCACUCUAAAUCAUGUGGAGAGCAAAACUGUUGACUCUGAGUACCUGGGUUAAUCGUUAGCACUGUUUUCUUUCAUACUUUGUCGUUUAACUUCAACUGCAUAUGGGUAUCUAAGUUUCACCUUGCAUGGUGAUGAUAGGCCAAAAUACAUAUAAUAGCGUGUGACGCUGAAGCUUAUGAUUUCAUCCUUUAAUUUGACCAUGGAGAUACGGGUGGCUUUGACGCUCGAAUCUUUCUUUCAA